CGUCCAAUUAUCACUCACGAGUUGAAGCAAUAUAUUAAUCUACAAACUUGUCGACUAGUCUUGUUCGAAUAUGUUAGUUCUCUAAUGGUAUCUUUCCGGCAUGCUAUAUAACAAACACAAGCAGUCGUAUGAAGCAGUUCAUUAAUCAUCGGGCACAAGAAAUAAAGAAUACAAAACCUAGAGAGGCACUAUGACGGUGGCCGUAUGGACGUUGACGGUGGUGAUAGGAGCGGUGCCACUAAUAGGGUGUUUAUUGUGGUGGUGGAACGACAUAUGGUAUGGCUUAGUUAUGACAGCUCUCCGGCCAUCCCAAAGUGGCACCAAGCUGCCGCCAGGCUACAUGGGUCUUCCGAUCAUCGGUGAAACGCUCACAUUCCUAUGGUACUUCAAAUUUCUUGGUCGCCCCGAAGACUACAUAAAUUCAAAGCGUCAGAAGUAUGGUGAUGGGAUAGGUAUGUAUAAAACACACCUGUUCGGUAGGCCAUCAGUGAUUACAUUUUUACCAACGACCAAUAAAUUUGUACUUCGAGAUACCGAAACCUUCAGGUUGAAGUGGGCAAAUCCAGAGCUCAUAGGCAAGACGUCAAUGUUUGUGGUUAACGGAGAAGCACAUCUUAGGAUUCGAAAUUUUGUUAUUCGAAGCAUUAACCAACCAGAUGCUCUACGUCGAAUCGCCCUUGCUGUGCAACCACGUAUGAUCUCAGCCCUCCAAUCGUGGACCACACGUGGUAAAAUUAAUUCCUUCAAUGAAAUAAUGAAGGUCACUUCUGAGAACAUCGGCAAGUAUUUUGCUAGUUUCGAGCCAGGCCCUAUCCUCGACAAGAUUAACCAACACUUUGAGGAAAUUCUUGAUGGAUUUACUGCCUACCCUUUGAAUAUACCAGGAUUUAAAUUUCAUCGUGCGAUUCAGUCUCGUAGAAAAGCUCAAGCUAUUUUCAAGGAAGAGUUGGAUAGAAGGAGGAACAACACAGAUGGAAGUAACCAACCUAUAAAUGAUUUAAUCGAUGGGUUUAUUACUCUAAAGGAUGAGGAAGGGAACUAUUUAAGUGACACUGAGAUUCUUGAUAACAUUACUAGCAUUGUUCUUGGUGGGUUUGAAUCAGUUGUCAUCGUCACAGUGUGGGCUCUUUGUUAUCUUGCGAAAAAUCCCUCGGUUUUACAAAAGCUUCGGGACGAGAACAUGGUUCUGAAAAAGAGUAAGAGCCAAAAACCUGUAAGCAGUGAUGAGAUUUUCAAGUUGGUAUACACCAUGAAGGUUGUGGAUGAAACAGUCAGAUUGUCGAAUGUCGCUAACUUUGUUUUACGUACAACAACAGAAGAUGUUGAGUAUAAAGGAUACACUAUACCAAAAGGAUGGAAUAUGAUUGUAUUGCUUAGGUAUGUCCACGUAGAUCCUAACAACUAUGACGAUCCAUUGUGUUUCAACCCUGAUAGAUGGGAUGGGUCAAUGCUGCCUGAAAACUUCCAAGCAUUUGGCGCUGGUCCAAGAACCUGUGCAGGAAAUAUGCUCGCUCGUUUACAACUCGCCUUGUUUCUACAUCAUAUCUCCACGGGAUACAAAUGGGAAUUAGUGAAUCCAGAUGUGAAAGUGAAGUAUCUUCCAAAUCCUAAGCCAGAAGAUGGUCUCGAAAUUACCAUUGCCAGAUUAUGAAUCCUACGACUAGAGAGUACUAGUUUUAUAUGUUAUGUAGUUUCUAUGAUGAAACAAGCAAAGAGUAGUUCGCUGAAUAAAUAUUACCCUUGUGUUCAAAACCUCAAACUCAAAUCUUUUAAUAAAUAUUAUCCGUGUAUUCAA